AUGAUCUCUUCUCACGAUGUUUCACUAAUUUCUAUUCGAAUAGGAAUCACUAUCGCUGGUGGAUUCUAUCUGAACUUUGAUAUUUGUGAACCGAUUCAGCUGGAAGCUGUGGACCAACAAUUAUGACAAUUGGUAGAAUUUGCUUCUCCAUAUUCCACACGUCAAUUAGUGAAUUCAUCUGAAUUGCCAAUGGAUCAAAUUGUCAGCGUUAGUUUAGAAGAAGAACAACAUUGUAAUUAUCGUCGUUUACUUGUAUCGUAUGGUGCUUAUCUUCCGCAAAAAAAUACAAAUUUUUUCACUUCAUUAUAUAACAUUAAUGCCUCCCAUUCAUGGAUUGCCUGCAUUGAUUGCAAUGACAUUUGCACCAACUAUGGAAUUGAGAUCACGAUAUGGACAUUGGAUUCGAUGUGCAAAUAUCUACUGAAGGCCUUGUUUAAAUCAAUAAAAUUCGCAAACAAAUGA